AUGUCUCUCGUUGGGCUGAAAAAUAUAUUCUUCCGUCAAUCCAUCGCUCUAGUUCCCACGCCACGUACAUCAGAAACACAACACACAGACGCCACAGAUGUCGAGUCGCAAGAUUCCAAGAGCGAAAGGGCAAGCCAAAAGAAGGGCUUCAGGGUAGAUGCGCGUGUCAUAUCUGACGCGACAAUCGGCCUAUCGGACGGCCUCACGGUUCCUUUCGCCCUGACUGCCGGUCUCUCUGCCUUGGGCAAUACCAAAGUCGUCGUUUAUGGGGGCUUCGCUGAACUAAUCGCUGGCGCCAUUUCCAUGGGUUUGGGAGGAUAUCUCGGUGCGCAGAGUGAAACUGCUUCAUACCAAGCUCAGAGAGAGGAGACGCAGCAGCUCCUUGCUUCCAACCCCCAAUCUGUCAUGGCAGAUAUCGCAGAGGUCUUUGAACCAUACAACCUACCCAAGCAAACCUUGGAAGACAUUACACGCCACCUCUCAGAGUCACCCCGGCUCGUUGAUUUUGUUAUGCAAUUCCGACACUGUGCUGAGGAACCUGCAUCCUCCCGCGCAUUCACUUCCGCUAUUACCAUUGCCCUCGGCUACUUCCUAGGUGGACUUCUGCCUUUGAUUCCAUACUUUUGUGUAGGUUCAGACCAAGUAUACGAAGGCCUGUAUAUCUCGAUCGGUGUAAUGGUCAUCGCCCUGUUCGUCUUCGGCUAUGUAAAGACAUGCGUGGUCGUAGGAUGGGAGGGCGGUCGGAAUAUUCGAGCAGCUUGUUAUGGAGGGGUUCAAAUGGUCAUUGUUGGAAGCGCUGCUGCUGCUGCUGCCAUGGGUCUAGUCCGGGCGUUCAAUGGCGAGGAAGGCGGGGUAUGA